GUCGCUCAUGACAUAUUACGAAACGUUUUCCCUCGCUUUUUUAUUUUUUUCUGUCGCUUAAACUUCAGUAUAUGGUGAAUGUGCUCAAUCUGCCGCUUGGAUUUACAGCUGCCAUCUAACGAACGUAUAUGUAAAGGACAUGGCUUUAUCAACAAGUCGCCAGCAAUUCCUGGCGUGUGAAACUCAAGGCCUUGAUGACAUCCACUAUGGUAGAAAAGGAGGAAUUUUUAUUUCAACUUGCAUAUGCAUUUCUUUUAUCGUCUUUGCAGUUAUACUUUCUUUCAUAGUCGGUGUAAUUGUUUAUUUUGUAACUUAUUUCAAGAUAUCACAAGAUGUGCCACAUGAUUUCUGGGAUGACACAGAAACUUUUGGAUACACAAAUCCAACUUCACCCGACCUACGACUACCGCCUUAUGUAUAUCCAAGUUUCUACAGAUUGAAAUUAAAAACUGACAUCGAGAACUCCAUAUUUAGUGGAGAUGUCUACAUCACACUGAGAGCGAAUAAACAAGUCAAAGAGAUUAUCCUACAUUCAAAAGGUCUCAGUAUUAAUAAGAAUACUCGUCUAACAGAACAGAUUUAUGAACAAGAAACAAUUAAUGCAAGGAAAAGGCGUGAGGCUAAUAUCACAGAGACGUCAACAAUAAACAGUGUACCGCAAAAUGUGUCAGAGAGUACUAUUACUGAAAAUGAGUCAGAAACAUUUAAUACAACGUUAAAUCCACUAAAUAAUCAGAUAGACACUCAAGUGACUCACAGCAGUGUACGUAAUAUAAAAAUAAUAUCUAUUAAGGAGAGUACAGGUGACAGGUUAAUACUGACUCUGGAAUCUCCGCUCAAAUCAGAUAUUGAUUAUAUCUUAGAGCUGUCAUUUGCUGGAAAUAUAUCCAAUUCGUUGACAGGUUUCUAUAAAAGUACAUAUAGAACAAAUAAAAAUGAAAUAAGAAAUCUAGGUGUCACACAAUUCGAACCUACGUCAGCAAGGGCGGCAUUUCCCUGUUUCGAUGAGCCCGCUUUUAAAGCAAAGUUUGAGAUCAGCAUAUCGCACCCAUCGAAUAUGACAGCUUUGUCCAACAUGAAAGCAACCGCAGAGGAAAAUAUAGAAGAAGAACCCGGCUGGCAAUGGACACAUUUUGAAAGAUCAGUAAAUAUGUCCACAUAUUUAGUUGCGUAUGUAAUAUCAGAUUUUCAUUAUCUCGAAACGAACUACACAAGUAAGGACAAUAUAACGAAAUCCAUCAAAAUAUGGACAAGACCUGAACUCAUACAUAAAGCUAAAUAUGCUUUAAGUAUAACGCCGAAACUUCUAGAAUACUAUGAACAUGUUUUCGGUCUACCCUACGCUUUGGAGAAACUAGACUUGAUAGCGGUACCUGACUUUUCCAGUGGUGCUAUGGAGAAUUGGGGGUUAAUUACAUUUAGAGAAACAACACUCCUAUUUGAUAAAGACGAGAACGUGCCCAGAGACAAACAGAGUGUUGCCAUAGACGUCGCCCACGAAUUAGCCCAUCAAUGGUUCGGGAACUUGGUAACAAUGAGGUGGUGGACGGACUUAUGGCUUAAUGAAGGAUUCGCUACUUAUAUUGAAUAUGUCGGAGUUGAUCAUAUUGAACCGGAAUGGAAUAUGUUCGAAUCAUUCACUCAGGAUAAAAUGAAUCUGUUAAAAUCUGACGCUUUAAAGAACACUUCGCCCGUGUCCCGGAAAGUGACGGAUGCUUCGGAAAUAUCGCAGAAGUUCGAUGAAAUUUCAUACAUGAAAGGCGCGAAUUUGAUACGAAUGUUAAACCAUACGAUAACUGAAGAACUGUUUCAUAAAGGAUUAGAGACUUAUUUGAAUAAUUGGAAAUACUCGAAUGCGGUUGAGAACGAUUUGUGGGAAGCGAUGUCGGAAGCCAUAGAGAACCAUUCGUUGUACCAGCACUUGUCGGUGGUUGAUAUGAUGAACUCGUGGACGCGGCAGGCGGGCUACCCCGUGGUACACGUGCAGAGGGACUACACCACCGGGCAGGUUACCUUCACACAGAAACUAUUCACGAGUAGUGGUGAGCCAUACAAGGAGAUGACAGACCAGUUGUGGCACAUUCCACUGAGCUAUGCCAGCACGGACGUGCCGCGCGCCCGCUGGACCACGCGGCCGCGUCUGUGGCUCACUGCCGCCUCCGCCUCCGCAGACCUGCACAUAAACGACACCCAGCCUUUGUACGUCAAUAUUGAUGCUAUCGGUUACUAUCGUGUGAACUACGACAAGAGGAACUGGGAACUUCUAAACCAUGCUUUAAAGUCUGAUUCGUUCAGUAGUCCUUUGAGUAAGGCUCAGCUGAUAGAUGAUGCCUUUAACUUCGCGAAGGCUGACCAGCUGGAGUACAGCUACGCGCUCGGACUCACCACGUGUGUUGUUAACGGAGAAGAUUCUAAGAUAGUAUGGGAUCUAUUACUCAGUAAUAUGUAUUUCUUGAAGCAUAACUUGAGAGCUACUUCAGGAUAUGUUUACUUCCAGGAUUACAUGAAGAUAAUACUGAAGAAGCAGCUGGAACGUCUCAAUUACGGCCUUAACACGCCCAAAGACGACAACGAGGCCUUCCUGAUAGAGAACCUGGUGAUGUGGGAGUGCCUGGUGGAGGCGCCGCGCUGCCUGGACUGGGCGCGCCAGCAGUUCCACAGCUGGGCCAGCCAGGCAGACCUCACUAAUAACCCCAUACCAAACUACCUACGCUCGUUGGUUUACAACAUGGCGGUGAAGCACGGCGGCCGGCGCGAGUUCGACUUCUUCUGGAAGCUGUUCCUCAACUCCACGGACCCUGGCGUCAGGAGCCAGGCCAUCAACGUGCUGCCCAGCACCAGGCAGGAGUCGCUCAUCUCUAUGCUGUUAGAGAAGAGUCUGACGGAGAUCCCGAAGCAGUACGCGGUGGCGGCGUGGAGCGUGGAGCCGCCGCUGGGCACGCGCCUGGCGCAGGACUUCCUCGUGCACAACUUCCGCCGCGUCUACGACAAGUUCUCGCAGAUGGACUCCUUCAUGUUCCCGGCGGUCGUCGGCGGUGCGUUCGGAUUUAUUACCACCACUGAAGAACUUAAUAAGUUCAAGAAGUUCGCUCACGAGCACAAGGAGGAGUUGAUGCCGAUGUCGCAGACGCUGCAGAAGAUCGCGGACAGCGCCGCGAUGCGUAUCCGCUGGCUUUCCCGCCAUGCCAGCGACAUCAACAACUGGUUCCGCAACUACGUCACUGUUAAUGGUACAACAUUGAACGAGCCAGUCAGCACUCAGCCGCCGUUCACACAGAAUAUUACAUUCAACAUGGCGGCCGACACCACGCCGCACAGCACCACGCGGUAGUCAGUGUUGCCAUAUGUUCCUUUUUAAUUAAUAUCUAGUUGUUUAUCAUUGUUAAUAAUUAUUGUAAUUUAAAUGACUACUUGGACUAAAAAUCGUAUAUUCAACAAAUCUGUUUUUUAUAAGUUCAAAUGCAUAAUAAAUUAAAAUAGUACAUAUGUAAUUAAUGUAGAAUAUCUCGCAGAUAAUAAUCUUUUAAUUUAGAUAGGAACUUAAUGAAGUAAACUUCGAUGUAAUUUUAUAAAUUAUUUUCUAAGAUAAACGUCAAGUGAAUUUCAAUGGAAGUAAGAAAUUAUAACAAAACUGCCUAAAAAAAUUACAGGCUUAUUAAAAACAGUCAAUUUAAUAUAAUUUAUUUCAAU